ACAUCAAGGAUAAUGCAAUUACAACGCAAAAACCAUUAAAAAUGAGUCCCAGUUUCACAGUACGCCGCGUUCUCAACUUCUCUUUAACGUUUUUUUGUUUUUGAGAUUUUAAGAAAGGAAAACAAAGAGAUUUAUUACAGAGAAAAAGAUGGGUUUUGGUUAUAACAAAAGUAUUCCUCCUAUUUACCCCUUCAAUUAUUAACUAUAUAAUAUAAAUAAAACAAGAGCAAUAUAAAACCAAAAGAAAAAAAAGCAGUUCCAUCUUUCCAUGCCUUGUUUAUAAAUAUAGCACCAUUCAUCACUUCCACAUCUUCAACUCACUUCUCUUCCAUGAAUCUAAGUCCAAGUUCACAAAGAGUACAAUAGAAAUACCAUUCCUCGUUUUCAUAAAAAUCUAUCACUUUGGAAUAAAAAAAAAAUGAGGCUUCUCGAUCUAUGCUUACUUGUUCUAUCCACCAUCACAAGUGUUAAUGCAUGGUCUAACGCCCACGCCACCUUCUAUGGUGGUCACGACGCAUCCGGCACAAUGGGGGGAGCUUGUGGGUACGGAAAUCUAUAUAGUCAAGGAUACGGUACAACCACAGCUGCACUAAGUACAAGUCUCUUCAACAACGGUCUCACAUGCGGCGCGUGUUUCGAGAUCAAGUGUUUUAACGACCAAAAAUGGUGCCACCCGGGAUCAAUCAUUGUCACGGCUACAAACUUUUGCCCACCAAACAACGCGCUUCCUAACAACAAUGGUGGUUGGUGUAAUCCACCCUUGCAUCACUUUGACCUCGCUCAACCUAUCUUCAACCACAUUGCUCGAGAAAAAGCCGGGAUAAUACCAGUUCAAUAUAGAAGAGUUGCUUGUAGAAAGAGAGGUGGGAUUAGGUUCACGAUUAAUGGUCACUCGUAUUUUAACUUGGUGCUUGUGACCAAUGUGGGUGGAGCGGGUGAUGUCAUCUCGGUGUCUGUAAGGGGGUCGAAAGGUGGGGCCACAUGGCAAAAGAUGAGUCGUAAUUGGGGUCAAAAUUGGCAGAGUAAUAGUUACCUUAAUGGUCAAACUCUAUCGUUUAAAGUUACAACGAGUGAUGGCAAAACCGUAAUUUCUAACAAUGUUGCACCUGUGAACUGGUCAUUUGGGCAAACCUACACAGGAAGACAGUUUUAGCAUCCUAAUUCCUAACUCAAGAUUCUACUCUUUGGUUGUUUAUGUUACUAAUUGGUUGAUAGUUUUUUAUAGUGAUAAUGAUCCAAUUUCAUGGGCUCUUUUUAAAAAGCCCAGAUUGGAUGCCUAAAGUAUACUACAAAUUCUUAAAGAUUGUUAGUAGUAUGAUUUGAAAACCAACAAGGGUUGGUAUUUAGUAUGUGUAUUUCUUAGUGAACUAGUAGUUGUGUGUGUUGUAAUCAUGCUCAAUAUUGGAAUGAGUGUGGUGCUAAAGACUGAUCCAUUAUUGGUUUUAACUUUUGAGCAUAUCAUUUGAGGGUUUUUUUUCAAAUUGUCUCCUAUAAGUUCAAUAAUGCUUUAAAAAGAUUGUUUAUUGUGAUAAAAUGAUUAAAGGAGAAGUUUUCCAGAUGGGACUUAAAAACCCAUAUAUUACAAUACUUAACUGAGAAAUAUGUAUAUUACUUCAGUAUAAAAGACAUGCGAAUCUAAUCAUCUACAAAAGAUUAUGAAUUUAUGUUGCAUCAGAUUGCAUCAAAGAGAGACAACAUACAGCAACACCGGAGAUCUAGAGGGAGGGCCAGCUUCAACCACCAACAGCCGCAUUACUCCGAUCAGAUUUUGAAUUUCAGGCUUUAUUCCACAAUCUAACAAUCAAGCAAGAAUCGUCU